UAAAUAAAUAUACAUAUGGAUUCAAAUAGACGUUCUCAUCGCAUAAAAAUUCCUUCAACGAAAUAUUUAAAUACUGAUGACAUCAAAAAAAUUACUGAUGAAAAUUUUCAAGUAUCAAACUCAUCCAACGCUAAUCUAUAUGACACCAAUCACAUUCAAGCAAACGACUAUUCAGAAUUUUAUUUGAGUGCACCAAACGAAUUAAAAAACUCUGCGUUUAAUUCCGAUAUUCCAGAUGGAAAUGAUAAGGAUAUUCCUAAUAUGCCUGAGACUAAAGAUGAAAGCGAGUCCGGCUAUGAAUUAUUUAACCAUGAAACAUUUUUAGACAAUAAAACGGAUUCAGUUCAUUUUGAAGGGUAUAUGCCAUCUGCUUCGCCAAUCUCAUCUGUUGUUGAAUCUCACGACGAGUUCUCAACUGCAUCUUCAUCCUCUGUGGACGAAGCGGACGAUAUAGGGAUAGAUGAUACAGCGUCCUUUAAGAAAUUUCACGAAAGUCAAGAGGCUACUACAGACUCGAUAAAUGAGAUAGGUAAAGGUUAUUUUUCUCUGGAAGAGGAAUAUUUAUCAGAGGACAAUGAAUGUAUUUACGAUUUUGAGGAAUCUAUUGAUGACAUAAAACCCACAAAACUUAAAGAUUUGAUUGAACCAUCUGAUAUAAAUGAUGAAAAGGAUGAUGAGCAAUACACUGAAAAGGCUGCUAAACAGUUGGAAAAAAGAUUUAACUUACCUGAAACAUCUAGAGAUCUCAUAAUCACUCCAUAUUUGCUAGGAAAUGAAGCUUUUUAUGAUGCCACUAAAGUAUUAAAUUUGACAGAAGGUAAACUUUUAAUGCAGGUCAUAAGUGUCUAUGAAGUAUUAAGGCGAUUUAGAUCAGUUUUAAAACUUUCUCCCUUUCGUUUUGAGACAUUUUGUGCUGCACUGUGUUCAGAGGAAAGUAAUAAUCAUCUAAUAUCUGAAGUAUUUGUAUCCUUGUUGAAAACCUUGCUUCGAGAAGAUGAAAUUAAGAAUACAUGGUAUGGACCUCAAGAUAUGAAAGAUAGUAUCAAUAUUAUGCUUUAUUCAUUAGAUUCAGUGACAUGGCCUGAACUUAUUAAGUCAUACAUAUCAUGUGUGAUGAACAAAAGUCAAAUGAAUAAUUCAAAAUUUAGUUCUGAAACAAAUAAUUAUUAUAAAACUAUCAACUCAAAUUUUACAUAUUCUAUAAAAGAUAAAUUAAAUGCAUUGAGUCAAUUAUGUGAUCUUGUAUUAUCAACCAACAUUAUCAGGUUGGAAAUAAAUAAUGAAGGUUUUAUAAAACAUGACGAGGCUUGUAGAGCAUGCCACAAAUUAGGACAAUUAAUAUGUUGUGAAGCAUGUUCUGCUGUUUAUCAUCUCCAUUGUACUAACCCACCACUCUCUCAAAUACCUGAUGAAGACUGGAUAUGCAAUAUCUGUAAAGCUAAUCAAGUUGCUGGAGUCACUGAUUGUAUUUCCAAUCUAGAAAAGAAUGGGACUCUUAUAAGACAGGAACCAAUAGGAUAUGAUCGUCAAAACAGAAAAUAUUGGUAUUUAUGCCGGAGGAUUAUAAUUGAAGGAGAUGACCAAAUAUGGUACUAUAGUACCAAAGGGAAAUUUAAGCUACUAUUAGAGUUGCUGGAUGCAAAAAAAUAUGAAAAAUUAUUGGUUACUAAUUUAAACAAUAUUAUGACUGAGAUUGAGGAAGGCUUUGAUAUCACUCAAAGGAUAACUAAUUUAGUAAAAGGAAAUCGGAGUUCUUUUAUUGAAAUAGAAGAAGAAUAUAGCAACAAUAUACUUGUAAACUUACAGAAAAACAAAGAAAAUGAAAUUGAUGAGAAUAAUGAUGCAAAGAAGGAUUUAACUACCACAGACUCUGCUGAAGAAUCUUCUGCAUCCAAUUUACUCAGACUAGCCAAUUUAGCAUCUGGUUUAGCCUCAGUUGAGUCACCCAAAGAUGAUAUGAAAGAUAUUGAAAAUUAUAUAAAUAUUUCCCAGUACAUAAUAAAGCACUACAACCCUAACCCAGAGCAAUUAUUUUGCUUAGGAGAAGAGAAUGGUUAUAAAACUUAUAUUAAUCAGUAUACAUCAAGUCAUUUGGCUUUAAAUAAGUACCAGUUAGCUGAAGAGAGGGAUAAAAAGCGCUAUCUGUCCAAUAAAUUUACUGCGUUACAAGCUUCAAGUGCCCAGGAAUUUAAAUGGCAAGGAUUGCAAUACACCACACCCUCACAAUUGAUUAUUGUCCUAAGAAAUACCAUGAUACAUGUUGAGAAUAAAAUAUCACCCGCAUUUAUGCAUGGAAGCUGGAAAAUUUAUAAAGAUAAAUGGGUCAAAGCCAUUCAGAUGUGCACACAAGUUAAAGAUUUCGCCUUUGCUCUUGCCAUUUUCGAAUGUGCUAUAAGACCAGCAGUGUUUAACAAUGUUUGGCAUGAUGCACUAGGUCAUACACAAAUGUGUCUUUAUACACACGCGGAACGUGAAGAAGCCAAAAGAUUGAGGACCUUGAAAGAUACUGGGGCAGUCAAGGAGGACGAGGUAUCUGAUCGAUCAACAUGGGUCAAGUACCCUAAAUUUCCGCGUGGAUUACCUCAUAGUGUUUGGAAGAUGAAAGGAGAAGAUUAUAGGAUUACGGGACAUGGAGGUUGGUUUUGGCUCUCCAGAACCAGAGUGCGUGUCUUGCAAAAACCGUAUCAUUCACAAAAAGAUCCUAACGCCUACCUCUCCUCAUCUUCCUCCUUAAUCAACAUAAGCGAAGGUUUAAAGGAUAAACUUUCAAAUUUAUACCCAACAUUGCCUUACAAUGGGGCUCGUGAUGAGGAAAAACAGGCCAUUUUCCAUAAGCUGUUUGAAUAUCGUACCCAAACGCACUGCCAUGACUUGAUUGAACUCGAGAAGCAAAAGGUCGACUUGACCAACAAGGCCCAUAGUUUUGGUUUUAUAAUCGACGAAAAAUGGGAACUUGUAAGAGAUGAUAACUUACUACUGCCCGUCAUUAAAACGGAGAUAAAUACCGAAUGGUCAACUAAAGAAGCAGCAGGAGAUAAGGAAAUCACCCCAUUAAAGGACAAUAUCAUUUUCAAAUCUGAAAAUAACGAAACAUCCCCGUUCUCGGAUCAGCUCUUCAACCUGCCCAAUCUUAAGACGACUCCCUUGAUAACAUCCUUGGCCAACCCACCUCCCUAUUUGAAUAGUUUCGUUAAUUUUCUGAAAUCCACGGAUGGUAGUAGUGAUCAUAAUGACAACAAAGUCAACAUUACAAAUCAAACCAAUGAUUCGACAAAGAUUACACAAAAAGUUGUCGAUGAAGAUGCACUCAGCGAAUUACAUGAAAAGAUAAUACAUUUGCAAGAAAGAUUUACGUGUCCCAAGUUUGUAGCCAAACUUUUUCCUGCCUCUCAUGCCCUUUCCAUCAGCGCACUUGUGAGGCUCAGUUUGGGCAAAAAGCCUAAAACGAAAAAGGUUUAUUCUAAAUUGGUCGUUCCCCUAGGAUCCAAGUUUGUAUGCAAGAGACACAAAAGGCAUAGCAUUCUCAUACUCCCAGAACAUGAAGUAAAACGGCUGUCACGAUUCCUUAAUCACUAUUUUCAUACAACCAUGGGUGGACAAGCUAGCAAGACUGUGGUGUUUAGAAAUCCUAAAUAUUUCGAGGUUCAGGGCUUCCUACCUAGUGCUAAGAAUAAUCAACAGUUUUGGCCUUACCUUUGCCCUCGACCCGCCUUUAAAACGACUUGGAGAUAUCGCACUUGGACUGCCGACUCACUACCAGCCCUGGCUCUCCAACUAAAAAUCCUUUACUUUUCUCUUCAGUGGGACGAGAUGAGUUCGAAACCUCCCCCUGGCGGCAUACACACUGUUACAAGUGAGGAAGAAAUAACGACUACCGAAAUCCUCAAGAGAACUGAACCCGUGUAUCCUGGACAAGAAGCCAAAUACCUGGUCAGGAAGAUAGUGGUACCACUUAACAUCAAUACUUGCAAUGCCGGUAAUAUCGGAAAUACUAAUUCUGCAACUGGUUUAGACAAAGAUGGUCAAGGCUUGCCAUCUUUGGGGAUGUUUGAAAAGGCAGGGGAAUUUGCAGAUUUGGACCUUUUUCCUCCUGAACGAAAAAGCUUAAGAGUCAAAAAGUCGACGGAACCUGAAAUAACUGUCGAGCCAAGUGUAAUUGAAUCGUGGGUCAAGGAAAGACAACUCUCUCUCUGGCAAAUCCAACUCUUUUCUGAUAAGCUCGAUAAAAGAGUAUAUAUCACGCAAGACAAAACAAAUUCUCCAUUUAUGCAACCAAUCAAACUAAACAAUUUAAUCGGGAAGACCUCAGAACAAAUUAAAUUAGAAAUUGAAAAUCAAAUCAGACAACAAUCUAUGAGGCAAGAUAUCAAUCUAGGGGGAGGGCCUCACCAAGCCAUAAUGCUCAACAUUGGGGGUCUCAAUAAUACAAACUCCAAUACACUUAAUCUUCAAAGUCUACAGAACCUGAAUAACAACGUCCUUAAGUUUAUCACCCCCAUGCAAGCUACCAAAUUAGUCCAGGCGCAAAAUACAGCCCAAAAUUAUAAGAAUACGAACGCAAUUUACCUAGCAGGCAACGUGGACAACAAUCUUGGUAACGCGCAAGAAAAAAUGAAUAACUUUCCACCCAAUAUUAUCAUUAAAAAUUUAUCUAUCCCACAAAAUAUGAUGAAAUACAAUGUGUCCAACUUGGUCAAUAUAAAUUCUAAAGCACAGUUGGUUAACAUCCAACAAAGUGUUAAUAAUCUCACAUCCACGCCCAAUUCACGAAAUACUUUGCAAAUUAAAACAUUAGGACCUGGUCAACAGAUCAUCCGGUUACCCGAUGGAAAGCUACAACUUGUAAAUAUUGCUUUGCAGAAUAAUGUCAAUACCUCGUUCGUUAACAGUUCAUAUAAUACGACGCCCGUCAAAAUAACUACCAUGUUAUCUCCCACUUCGAAUUCUCAGUCACUCAAUAAUAUCAGUAAUUUUAAGCUUUCGAAUUCGAUAACACCAAAUACUUACGAAGCUCCAACUCAUACAUCAUCCAAUGCAACUGGAAUAAACUUGCUUACUAGUAAUCUCAAUGCCGAUAGUGGAGAGAAAAAAUUUGUUUUGACACCUCAGAUCACCCAGAAAAUCUUGAGGCAAGCUAUACUUAACACAACCGACCCCAGCGUUCAGGGAAAGCUGAUGGCUUUUCAAAAGGCUCACCAAAAUAAACAGAAUAUGAUGAACAAGGCUUCAGCUCUUAUCAACAACGCCAAAUCAAGUUCUAAUUUUGUAUCUUCAGGGGGCUAUGGCAAAAAUCAAAAUUUAUUCAAUAACGACAAGUGGCGAGCUAACAAUCUAGGUUCUGUAACAUCUCAAUCUUUAUUCAACAACACCGGGUCCACAGGAUUAAAAUCUUGUUAUGCCACCAACCCCAACCUAGCUUCAUUGAAUAUUAAUAACAUCAUGAACAGAUACAGACAUGCCAUCGUUUUUACCCAGGAGGAGAGAGAGGCCAAUCAAAGGUUGGCCGUCGCAGGAUUAGUUCUGAAAUCAAUGCUCGAUACCCUCGACAAAAACGAACGUAAAGUGCAAAAGGAUCUUUUAAAGAUCCAAAAAUUCGAAAUCGAAGAUAGACGACUAAGCAAAAUGACCUUCAAUCAAACAAUUCUUACAAGGCACAAACAAGCUUUGAGGAAAGAUAUUCUGAAAAAGCGCAAUUUUUUGGAACACAAAUUACAAAGAGAGAUUGAGGACGAAAUAAGAUCCUACCUAUUCCCCGCUUUUAACAAACUGGCUCCCAGUUCUCGCCACAAAUCUGGGCUCAAGAAACAAAGGACCUCUAAUGAAGUGGACGGAAUGAAUAAUGCAAGCGAAGAUCCUAAUAAAUCCAGCUCUAAAAAACGUAGUUCCAGGAGUAAAGGAGGAAGGAAAAGAGGAAAUGCUGCUAGAAAAUCAAGAAAACGCGAUUCCGAAACGGAUCUUGACGACGAAGACGAGGAAGAAGGCUUUGAGCAUUAUAACCGAACUAGUGGAGUGGACCUAGAAAGAUAUCGGGGUGAAGUGGCUGGGGGCUUUAUGGUAGGAGAAGACGAUGAUGAUAUAAAGGACGAAGGUCUCCUCUUCCCCUUACACAAAAAAGCUUCCUUCAACAGCUCAGGAACUGCAGCAGAUCACGACUCUAAACCUUUACUCCCUCCCCACCCAACCAUUUCAAAAAUCACCUCCCGCGAUUCUAAGCAAUCCAUCAUUACUACAUCCCUCACCACUAACGUUCCCUCUGACCAUUCCCGCUCUCGCUCUUCAAAGGAGGUUCUCAAGAGAGCUGAGCGAGGUAAAAUCAACAUGUUCAGCAGGCGUAAAAAGAGCAAAGCAGUUUCAUCUAAAGCAACUCACGAGGGUGAAGAGUUGGAUCAUAACAUCAAGGUUGAAAGGGACAUUGACGACAUGAACGGAGAAGACAAUAACGAUGACAACGCUAAUAUCUUUGAUGCCAGAGAGGAGGAAGUUAAUGGCCAAUUUAAAGAAAAGCAUUCCAAUCUAUUGGCCAAAGUUCAGAAAGCCAUCUCCAACAACAAGCGUAAACGGAUUAUGUUCGGGUCAAGUGGAAAUGCUGGCGACGAAGAUUACGAAAAUAUGGAAGGCGCCAGGAGCGUGUAUUGCGUCUGCAAAACGGCAUACGAUCCUACCAAGUUCUAUAUCGGUUGCGACAAAUGCUCUAACUGGUUCCACGGGGAAUGUGUCAACAUAACCCCUAAAGAGGCUAAAUUGAUGGAUAGCUAUGUAUGUAUCGAAUGCAAGCUCAAAGUUGCUAAUACCUUCAAACACCAAGCUAAGAGGAGAAAAGUGAAUCAUAGUGCAACUUCCUCUAAGAGUGGUCAUCACAAUAAUACUGCCUUUAAAGGGGCUGGAACUAAUCAACUCUAUUGCAUAUGCAAACAACCCUACAAUGAAUCACAAUUUUAUAUUGGUUGUGACAGAUGCCAGGAUUGGUUUCACGGUAAAUGUGUAGGGAUAUUGCCAACCGAGGCUGAGGAAAUCGAGGAAUAUAUUUGCCCCAAUUGCCAAUCUGAUAAGGCUCCCAACAACGCUAACCUCAAAAAUCUGGAUGAAAAAGAUUACGAACAGUUGCAGAGGCUCGUUAAACAACUUAAGGGUCAUCCUAAGUCAUGGCCAUUCAUCGAGCCUGUGGAUUCUAAAGAUGCGCCCGAUUAUUAUAAAGUCAUCAAAGAACCUAUGGAUCUCAAAAAAAUCGAAAGGAAAGUCUUCAAGCAUCAAUACAAAAAAUUGAGGGAUUUUAUAGGAGACAUGACUAAGAUAUUCGACAAUUGCCGUUAUUACAAUGCCAAGGAGUCUACCUAUUGGCAUUGUGCGGAAGUGCUGGAAACUUUUUUUAUACAGAAGUUGAAAAGUAUGAGAAAACAGCAGCAACAGUCAACACAACCAUCAUCGAAUCACGAAGAAAAUCAUAAUAAUUUUAACGUAAUAAUGAACGCAAAUUAGCUCAUGCUGCCAUUUUGACUAGUCCUCUUAAAAUUUCUUGUUGGUUUCAAAGAUUUUGAAAUCAUAUUUCGGAUAAAGAGGAAAUGUGCAGGAUUUAUAGAAACCACGUUUUUAAAAAAAUGUAUAUAAAAAUAAAUAUAGGAAAAUUUGUAUAUUGUGUGCAUGUAUAUUAUUUCUUUUA